AUGCCCGAUCUCGUCGACCCUCGCACGACCAAGUUGGUCUGUGUCGUCUCCCUCCUUUGGAUCAUCUCGAUUGCUCUCUACAACCUCUUCGACAUCAGCGACAUCAUCACCUUUCCCAUCGUUCUCGGAUGCUCCUUUGUUCUGACUGCGGCGACGUGCAUUUGUCUCACGGGCCUUUCUAUUAUUGCCGUCUACUUGUCGUGCAUCGCCAAUGCUGCGAUCCUUUGUCUUGUCGUCCUGCUGAUCCCUGUCUUUCAGGCUCUUCUCCAGUGGCUUUCUUCUAUUAUCUCCGUCGUCAGAAACACCUGCGAUCGAGUGAUUCGUUUCUUCGAUUCGGCAGUCUCCUUCUCGGAGAGGUUUGGCGAUGAGGUGCAGAGGUUCCCUGAGCUAUUUGACAGAUUCCUUCAGAGAGCAGGAGCCCACGCCGCGACUGAAGCACGUCGCUGA